UUCUUCUUCUCCUUUCUUCCCGCUGCAGCCACUCGAAAAAAAAAAAAAGGGGAACCAGCCAUGCUUUGAGAAACCGGUGAAGCUUGAUGGUUCUUGCCUUAUUUUCUUGUUCUAGAACCUGAUUUGGAACCCAGAAAUCUCCCCCCCUGCAGGAAGCUUCCGGAUCUGCUCUGUCCUUCCUCCCCUGUCCGCCGGCUGCUCUUGCUUGUGGGGUGUGAUUUGCUCCGGUUUUUGGCAAGAAAUAGUGCGAACUCUCCCUUCUUUAGCUUUGAUUUAAGUUGGGCUCCUUUAAUUUUGGGUUAAACCGUGAGUCCCCUGCAGAAUUUUCCUUCCUUGCCGCCGGCUUCUUCCCUCCACCAGGUCCGGUGUUGCUUGCUGGAAAAUUGUGGGUAAGUUGACAGCUCCUCCAAGCUUGAAUUUCAUCAUUUGUUUUCUGCCUUGUGUGUCCGAAUUGUGUUGGAAAAAUGGGGAAAUUCCGGUAGCAAUUAAGAGGGUUUUAAGUGUGUUUUGUUGCUUAAUUCAUGUGUAAAUUGCUUGAGUUGAUUGCUGUGAUUUUUGGAGAGAAAAUCCCGUUCCCAAUCGUUCUGUCAGUUAGCAUCGAGAUUGAGUGCUCGGUUUUAUGCAAGUGAGGAAGUGAAACCGAGGACGGGGAAACCACGGGAAGUGACGAGUUAGAAAGCUAGCCAUUUCGAAAUUGGAUAUAAAUUUUAGAUAUGAAUCAUGAUCUUGUAUUUGAAGAUUUUAUGAUAUCAGAGUAAAUUUCAAAGAUUUGAUCUUCAGAUUUUGGUGGUAUCAGAGUACAGUAUGAUAAGUUCCGAGCCUUGUGCAUUUGUGGGACCCUCUCACGAGUGCACGGCAUCUGUCGCGUCUCGAAAUUGAGUUUUGGGGCAUGACAUAAACAAGGAAGAAGAGGAUGCAAUACAUCGCCUUUAUAUAUAUAUAUUUUGAGUUUAGCAAUACAUUUUAUACAUGUAAAAUAUGUGUUCUAAUACUUUUAAUGUAAUACUUAAUUAGUGACAUCUUUCCGAUUGUUAGAAGAAAAUUUUCAAAAUCCAAAAUUUCCAAACUUGAGGGACUUAAAAAGGGAAAAGAUUUUGGAUAAGGAUGGCUUCUUUUCUUUUUCUCCUUUUUCUUCCUCUUUCUUCUCCAGCCCGUUUCUGCUCGUCUUCCCGCUGCAACCCGAGAGGAAAAAAAAGAGGAACCCAGCCAUGCCUUGGAAAAUUGGUGAGAAAGCUUGGUUUUUGGCCUUCUUUUCUUGUCCAAGAACCUGAUUUGGAACCCAGAAAUCUUCCCCCCCUGCUGGAAAAGCCGGAUCUGCCCUGCUCUGCUUUGUCCUUCCGCCGGCUGCUCUUGAUUGUGGGUGAUUUCUGGGCAUUUUUUCGAAUUUUCCCUUCCAUGCCGCCGGCUCUUCCCCAAAUUGCAGCUCCGGCCUUGCUUGCUGGAUUAUGGUAUGUGACAGUCAUUUAAGCUUAAAAUUACCCAUUUAGUUUGCUGCUUUGUGAUGUCCGAAUUUGGCUAAAAAUGGGGGAAUUCCGGUAGCUUUAGGACCAUGAUUUAGCUUAAUUGAAGUGGGAUUUAUGCGAUUGAGUGUUAAUUGAUUUCUGUGUGAUUUUUGGAGAGAAUCCCGUGAAUUAGCUAGUGUUUUGGCCAAUUUUGGAAGUUGGAGUUACUGUUCACGUCGGGGUACUGUUCACGGGUACUGUUCACCGACACUGUUCACACACCGAGGGCCAACAAUUAACGGGGAUUUAAAUGAUUAGUUUGUGAUAUGAGAACGAUUUUGGAGAUAUGUGACCAUGUGGAGAUUUAUGGAAAUAGCAUUGUGAUUAGGAAUGAUCCUAAUGAAGUGUUCAGUUUGAAUGUGUGAUACUCCGAUAUUAAUUGUGGAUAUUUUGAUUAAGUUCCCGAUCGUUCUGUCAGUUAGUGCGUGAAUUGAGUGCUCGGUUUUGUGCGAGUGAGGUAAGUAAAAUUAUGGUAACGCCCUUUGAUUUUAAAAGCAUGUUUUGAUUUGUUUUUGAAAUGGUGGCGGAAUUAAACCCGUUUUACACAAGUAUGACUGAUUUGAAGUGAAAUGUUUUAUGCUUUUCAUUAAAUUGAGCAUGCCUAGUUGAAAUUUAAGUGACUGUCCUGAUGAUUUGAAAGUGAUUGUGAAUUGUAAUUUUCCUGUUAACUUCUGCUUGUUUUGUCUCCGAUGUGGUCAUGUUAUUUGUGACCCUGCUAGUGGGAGAGGUUAUAAACACUAGCACAUGUCGGCACUUGUCGAUAUGUUAUUCAUGACCCCGUUAGUGGGGGAGGUUACAAACGCUAGCACAUGUCGACAUGUAGUGAUAGAGUCGGUUCGUUCAACCCUGCUAGUGGGGGUUAUACACCAGCAAAUCGUGUGCCCGCCAGUGGGAGGUUUAUAAACGCUGGCCAUGACCUAUAGAGGAGACGUCUAUUUCGUUUCCGUACCCGUAUCUGUUUU